AUGACCUCGAUGAUGAGCGCAAGCACCGCGGACGAAACGACCCAGCAAAGCCUACCGUCGUUCACGUCGUUCUCCGCCGAGCUGGAGCCCUCGUGGGACUACUACGAGCAGCGUCCGGAGCGUUCGAACAGUGCCACGAACGGGUCCACCGAUGUGAUUGCGGCGUCACCGGCAACCGCAAACGGCAGCUACACGCGUCCUUGGGAGAUGGACACCAAGGAUAAUCGGAUGGCGCCCCCGCACGGGCCACCGGGAACACCGGGCCCACCGCCACCGCCCGGCCCGGGUGGGUUCGAUCACGCUGGCUUCCCAAAGCUGCCCUCCUUUCAGAGCCAGUUUCACAGUUUCACCGACACCACGAUGGUGGCGCCGGAACCGAGCCUCCCACAAGUGACGGCUGUACCGGUGCCGAUCUCACCCAGCGCGGCUUCACCGUCCGGAGGUUCGCUAACUCAGCUAACGCAGCUGACAUCGACGCCGUUGCCACCGUUGCCACAGGCCGGAUUUCAUUCGCUUUCGGCGGUUAACGCACGUCCGUAUCCGAUCGUACCGGCUGCGAUACCGGUGCGCGAUCUCGCCGGGAUUAACCAUCACCAGCAUCAGUACAUUGACGAGCGGCACAUUCAGCUGUAUCAACCGAUGGCCACGUUCCAGGCGGGUCAGACAAUUCCCACGCUGGCGGUGAUCAAAAAGGACGUUGAUUACGAGAUGUCCUCGCUUAACAACAGCGCCACGUUGCACCACAGCAACUUCCAGAAUCCGUUGCUCGAUAAUGGGCUGUUUGCGCAGAACGGUACCGUGCAUCACAUCCAGCACCAAUCGUCGGCACAGUUGCAGCAUCAUCUGCAACAGCAGCACCAGCAGCAUCAGCAACAUCAGCAGCAUCAGCAGCAACAGCAGGCUGCUCUUGUGCAGCAUCAGCCACAGUUGCAUCUGCAUCAUCAGCACAAUCUGAUCACGCCAUCGGACCAUCAUCAUCACCACAACAACAACAACAACAACAGCAAUGGUAGCAGCAAUGGUCCGAGUGGCAACGGUGCCAACGUGGCGGGAACGCCAAAUGGGAAGAUGAACGCGUCGUCUGGCAGGCUGGAACCGGGAGGUACGCCGGCUCAGAUCACGCGCAUCGACAAUCGGAAGAAGGAGCGCCGGAAAAUUCGUGCUUCGUCGCUUGAGUCGAGUGCCGAGUCGGAGGGCAGUGCGAUGGAGAUUGGUGAGAGUGGCAACCCGGGCCAGGUGGCGGCCAUUUCGAGUACGGCCAACUUCAAGAGCCCGAUGCACACGAUGAGCAUGGACACGGAUGAUGGUGGGAUUGUUGGGGAGAAAUCGACGAAAAAGAAACGCAAACGCUGCGGCGAGUGUGUCGGAUGUUCGCGUAAGGAUAACUGCGGUGAUUGUGCACCGUGCCGUAACGAUAAAAGCCACCAGAUCUGCAAAACGCGACGCUGCGAGAAGCUGACGGAAAAGAAGCUUCUGUACGGUCCGGAUGGACAGUUGCUCAAACCAGAGUCCCGUCGGGGACGUGGCAAAGGCAGCAAAUCGAAGGCAGCAGCAGCAGCGGCAGCAGCAGCAGCAGCAGGCGCAACGAACGGAAGCACUAAUGGAGCGAUCGUGUCGUACGACGCCAACGGACAGGCGAUCCGAGCCGAUGGAAAGCGUGGCCGCGGACGAGGACGUGGUGGCGGGGUAAGCGACAAGAAAUCGAGUGGCCGCGGUCGCAAAGCGCUGAAUCUCGGAGCAACCCCCAAGAACGUGCCCCAGAAUUCGGCCGUCAGUCCCGCACCGGCCUCCCUACCGCAUCCGUCCCCGAACACGACCACCGGGACACCCUCGACGCCCAAUGUGCAGGUGCAGGCGAACCAGCAACAGCAGCAGCAGCAGCAGCAGCAACUGGUGACUGUGUCCGGUGCCCAAACCGGAUCUGCCGCUCCACCAACCGCCGCUAGCACCGCACCGGGAGUGCACAACAGCAGCACGCUUCUAGGAAGUGGCCCGAGCCAGCAUCAGCACCAGCAGCAACAGCAUCAGCAGCAGGCUCAGCUGCAGCAUCAUCUCGUGCGGCAUCCACCUAUACCAGGAGCGCCACCACCCGGGGGAGGAGGAGGAGGCCCAGGAAGCCUCCAGCAGCAGCAGCAACAGCAGCAACAACAACAGCAGCAGCAUCAAUCCAUCGUCAUCAAGACGGAACCGGCCGCCGAAAUCAUGAAGGAUCAGCCGCAACAGCCCAUGGCCCCAAUGGCGUUCUAUCCCACCUGGCAGGCUGACCCGUCCCAGGGCUGGCAGAAUCAGUUCAUCCAACAGAUCCCGCAAAACACGCCCGCUAUCACACCGUUGAACUCGCUCGAGUUCCAACCACAGGGCUACGCCGCAUACCAACCAAACGGCUACGUCCAAACCGCCGGCAUCGGGUUCGAUCCAAACUAUGGUCGCACGUACGCAGCCCCACCGGCCGUCCAGCGGUACGACUUCCAGGCGAACCAGAUCGCCCCCAUCAACCAGGUGUCACUGCAAAGCGUCAGCUUCGCCCCAACCGUCACCUACGCCGGCCAGGUCUCCACCGGCCCGGCCACCAUCGUGUCCGGUCACGCCGGCAACAACCCGCACGAUCAGUUCAAUCUGCAGCUCGGUGGCACCAAGCAGCAGCAACAAACCUCGGCAGCAGCCACGGCAGCGGCAGCAGCAGCGGCAGCGGCCUCGGGAAACGACAUGCCUGGAUAUCCACGGGUGAACAGCGUACCGCCGCGCUCACUCAAUUGUAAUGGAUAUUCAGGCCAGCAAGAUUAUGGCGGUCUUCAAACGUCGACGACGACAACCACGACGACGGCAGCGAGCGCGAACGGGAACGGCAACAGCACCGCCUCCUCCUCCGCCGCCGCCACCGUUCCACCCUCGUCGGGUUCGGCGUCUUCGGCCACGGUUGUGGCGGCUUCCGGAACGGGUAGUUCCGGUGCUGCUGCUACCGGUGGCAACAACAACAACAACAACACCGGCAGCACCGGUUCUUCGUCCUCCGCGAGCAUGCACCCACCACAGGGCGGGAUUCCGCAAUCGCCCAACCGGCAACCACCCCGGCCCAAUUCCAACCAACAGCAGCAGCAACAACUCUACGCCCAGCAAUCCCCGAAUCCGUACAACGGCGGCAGUUCGUCAGGUGGCGGGAGUUUGCAACAAUCGCCCAGCCACAACGGGAGCAACACACCCGGGUACGGUGGGACCGGCGGAGGGCAGAGUGGCAUGCACACACCCUCCCCGAUGCAGGGCACUCCAACCGACAAUCAGCACCAGCAGUCCCCAAGCCACAUGCAAACGGACUGGGGAUGGAACCAGCAACAGCAGCAACAGCAGCAGCAACAAGCCGGAACGGAUCUUUUCAAUCAAUCCGAUCGGGUGAAUCUGAACUCUCGGCUCAAAACGAUGAUCAUGAGCAAGGGUGGUGACCCGAAGGACACGAUGCUGCCCGUCGGAGGAUCCCACAUGGUGGGCUCCCAUCUCGGCGGGUUGCAGCAGCAGCAACAGCAGCAACAGCAGCAAACCGGCGGACAAACCGGUCAUUUUUUAUCGUAUAGCCACCAUCUCCGAGACAGCCUGACGCCGACACACCUGGGCGGCCCGGGACCGGGUACUCCUGGCCAGCAACAGUCGGCGUCGGGGGUCGCUAGUGCCGGCAUGAUGCCCGGCAGCAACGGCGGCAGUAGCAGCAGCAGCAGCAGUACAGCAAACGAAGGUACUACUAUCGGAGAUGGUGGCGGCAGUGGGCUGAUCAACAGCAUCGGCAGCAUGGUUGAUCCAAGUUGGAAGCACCCGGUCAGUGGUGCGGGCAGCAAUGGGGGAAGCGGAGCGAACGGUAGCACCAGUCACAGUCACAGUAGUACGUCGUCGGUGGUGGCGUCGGCCGGCCUAAAGUCACCGUCGUCACUAGCCGAUCAUCACCAGCAGCAGCAGCAACACCAUCAGUUGCAACACCACGAUCACCUGCUUGCGGGUGAUCUGCAUCACGGUGCCAAGCUGCCGGUUUUUGAGCAAAAGCAGCAAUUAAUCGACAAGAAUAAUACCGACCCCGGUGGAGGCGGCGGUAUCGGAUCACCGACGGGUGCGGGCGGUGAGCACAAGCCCGGUGGCAAGAUGAGCAAAUCCGGCUCAUCAUCCUCAUCGUCAUCCCCGUCGGCUGGAUCACCUUCAGCGAAAGCAAAAGGCAAGGGAGGCGACAAACAUGGCAGCAAAUCGAAACAUGCCAGCCAUCAACAGCAACAGCAACAACAGCAGCAGCAGCAUCAGCAACAACAUCACGGACAGCAUCAUCUGGACCAUCUCGGGCAGGGUAUGGUUGAUGUGAAAUCGACCGGUUACUCAUCCGGCUCGAGCUUCAUGAUGCAACACCACGAUCAACAGCUGCUGCAGCAGCAGCAACAACAGCAGCAGCAGCAGUACUCGAAUUUGAACCAAACAUAUCCUGGAAGCGGUGGGUCAACGACCCCGAACGGUAGUCAGUCGGGUUUGCUUGGGUACUCCCCGGCCGGAACGUCCCCAAUGAUGGUCGACAGCAAGCUGGUGGAUGAUAAGAGCCCAUUGAGCCGGUUCCGGCACGAUUCCCUUUCGAGUGGGUUCAAUCCACACCUUCAAACGGGCACGACAGGUGCCUUUCAUCAUCCGGUCACCGGUGGUGGCAGUGGAACCAGCUCAGCGUACGGUUUAAUGAGCGUGAAGAAAGAACCAGGCCUGCUGGAUGACGGACAAUCGGGCCUGCCAAAGUUCGACGGUGGGUACGAAAAGAACUACCAGAACUUCAUCCGAUACGGGGACUACUGCGACAACAGCCAGUCCGGCACGUCACAAGGAUCAGCAGCCAUCGGGCAAGCGAGUGCGUCCGCGAAGGACUACAACAGCUACUACUCACCGUACGGAAGCGCCUACUCGAGCUACUCGACCCAGGGCUACUCGAACUACCACACCCAGCAACCGGUGGUGGCCGCCGGAGGCAGCGCAUUUGGCAGCGGUUCGGCCAGCAACAGCAACAGCAACAGCAGUCUUCCGCCGGCACAAACGCCCGAAGCGAACGCGGCCGGGUUGCUGGCACUGCCGGCCAUCUCGACACCGGUCGCCCAUCAGACCAACUUCGAGCAGCAAAUUCCGGCUCACACGUACCCGAUACCGAAGAACAGCCACGGGUUGCUUGCUGCGUCCGCGUCCGAUCCCGUCGCGAUCAAGCUCGAGGCGGAUGAUUCCGCGUACGGCAGCCUGGGCAACACGUCGGGAAAUUUGGGCUCCGAACCCGGCGGUGAUGCGGCUUCCGGCCACGUCGGUGGUUCGCAGGUGCCCAUUCCUGGGGAAGGUCCACCUGACAUUGACCCACUGGCAGAUCCGGUCGCAAACACCGUGCCACCGGCCAGUGGAACGACGACGGCCACCGGAAACUCCACGACGACCAGCUCGAAAUCGAAAUCGAAAAAGGGCGAAAAGAAAGACAAAUCAAAGGACGCCCACGGGGCUGAUGGGGCGGAUGGUGCGAAAGCGGAUGGUCCCGCCACCGGUGGCAGCAAGAGCAAGAGCAAGAAAGACUCGAAAAACGUCAAGAAGGAACCGCUCGAUCCGGCCCAGAAAGCGGACGAUGACAAGCUCGAGAAAUCACACAAACCGGAAGCACCCGAUUGUGAUUGCUUCAGUUCCGGCACGGAUAAAGCACCGUCGGAACCGGGCAGCUAUUACACGCAUCUCGGUUGUGCCGCCUCCCUCGAAGACCUACGCCGGGAAACGGAACUACGCGUGGGGCUGACGGGAAAACAGCUCCGCAUCGAGAAGGUCGUCUACACCGGCAAGGAGGGCAAAUCGAGCCAAGGCUGCCCGAUCGCAAAAUGGGUCAUCCGGCGCGUCGAUCCCGAGGAAAAGCUGCUGUUUGUGGUGAAACGCCGCCAGGGGCAUCGGUGCAAGGCGUCCUACAUCGUGAUCUGCAUCGUCGUGUGGGAUGGCAUCCCGACGCACGAAGCCGACAGCGUGUACCGGAUGUUGGCGGUGAAGCUGAACAAAUUUGGCCUCCCAACGGUGCGGCGAUGCGCGACCAACGAGAAUCGAACCUGCGCCUGUCAAGGUAAUUCAGGACUUGAUCCGGAAAUGUGCGGCGUGUCGUACAGCUUCGGGUGCAGCUGGUCGAUGUACUACAACGGGUGUAAGUACGCCCGCUCGAAGACGGUCCGCAAGUUCCGGCUGUCGGUGAAGAACGAGGAGGCCGAAAUCGAGGAGCGCAUGAACGUGCUGGCCACGAUGCUGAGCCCGUUGUAUGUGACCGUCGCGCCCCAAGCCUUCCAGAACCAGGUGCAGUACGAGCGGGAAGCGCCCGACUGCCGGUUGGGGCUGAAACCCGGCAAACCUUUCUCGGGUGUCACGUGCUGUUUGGACUUUUGCGCUCACACCCACCGGGAUCUGCACAACAUGCAGGACGGGUGUACGGUGCAGGUGACCCUGCUGAAACCACUUCCGCCGGGUGUGAAACCGGACGACGAGCAGCUACACAUCCUGCCGCUCUACACGAUGGACACGACGGACGAGUUCGACAGCGAGGAGGGCCAAAAGAAGAAGCACGAAACCGGCGCCGUGCAGGUGCUGGAGAAAUUCCAAACGGAGGUUCGUGUGCGAUCGACACCACUUCAACCCUGCCGAAGGCACGGUAAAAAGCGCGGUAACGGCAAGGACGAAAAGCUCGGCGGUGGCAAAGACGGGUCGGAUGGAGCGGCACCGGAAACGCCACCUCCACCACCACCACCGACGAAGAAGGAAAGCAAAUCGAAGAGCAAGAAAUCGUCAGCCGCCUCAACCGCGGGCUCGAACAGUUCCGGCAGUUCCGGUGGCAACAGUGUCGCGUCACCCGGAACCGCCACCGGUAACGGUGGAUCCACCGGUGCCGGUGGAAGCUCUUCCGGUUCUGGAUCCCCGCGAGCACACACACCCGGCAGCCAAAAGUCCACUGGCAGCGGGAAAGGCUCGAGCGGUGGAAUCGGACUCGAUCCGGUCACGGGAGUGCUCAGCGGGGGCGAAAAACACGCCCAAAGUGUGGGUGGUGGUGUGCUGGGUGGAGGUGGCAUCGGAAGUGGUCUGAUAGCGGGUGGAACCGGUGGUUCCGGAACGAGCGCAUUCACCGCACCGAACACAAUCAACUCCCCAAACUCGGUGGUGGCGGCUGCGGCGGUGGCUGCAGCGGCGGUUGCGGCCAACAACAACACCAACAGCACGCUGAUCGACAUGGCGUCGAUGAUCGACAACUUUACGGACGCGCAGCUGCAAUCGAACCAGAUCUCGAGCACGGUGCUCGAUUCACCGUACAGCUACGAUUACAACACGGGCCAGUACAUCGACAACCGGCAGUACUACAACAACUGGCCGACGGAUUACUACGGCAACCGGGGCGACCCGAGCAAGCUGGCCGUGUUGGGCCGAAACGAGGACAUUCCGGACACGACGACACGGCCGGGCAGCAACAGCAGCAACUCGGCGUUUAGUCCGAGCAUUCCCGAUCCGACAAAGACACCGACACCGAUCCACAUGGAUGAUUACGGCAGCACGAAGCUGGGUGGUGGACAGGUGCAGCAUCAUCACCACCAUCACCAGCAGCAGCAACAGCAGCAGCAGCAGCAGCAGCAACAGCAACACCAUCAGCUGCAGCAACACCAGCAACAGCAACACCAGCAACAGCAGGUUCAGCAGCAGCAGCAGCAACAAUCGCAAAACACGUACCACACGUUGCAGCAACCGGAGCAGGGUUUCGUGAAGCCAAAGCCACCGGAUUACAACCCAGCGGCUGGGUAUGGUUACCAUCACCCAAACACCCCGAUGGGCUAUGGGUACCACCACCAUCACCACCCACCGUACCACCACACACCGUACGAUCCGUACCAGAACUACAACUACGGUUAUCCGCCACAAAGCUACCACCAUCAUCAUCACACGACAUAUCACAACAUGUACCCGUCAGCGGCCGCGGCGGCAGCUGUCGCUCAAACCCAGCUUCCGGGCACCGGUCCGGCACCACCUCCGCCACCGACGGCGGUCAUUCCGGCACCACCACCACCCUCGAACUGGAACCUUUACCCACCGCAUCUCGGGGCGGGACCAACGACGGCGCAACUGCACGUGGCCGCAGCUGCUGCCGGUGCGCUUGGGAAAGGACCUGGUUCGGUGGAUCUUCCGAUGGGUCAACCGGGUGGUGGUGUCGGUGUUGUUCCACCACAACUUCCGGUGGUACCGGCGGCGGCAGCUCCACUCGUGCCGAAGGAAACGCUCGGCGAGGUCACGGAGACGAACGAGAACGAGGACUGCUUCGAGGAUCCGCAGAUGGGUGGAGUUGCGAUUGCACUUCCGCACGGGAGCGUCAUCAUCGAGUGCGCAAAGCUGGAGAUGCACUCGACGACGGCGGUGAAGAAACCGAACCGGCUUAAUCCGACGCGCAUGACGCUCAUCUUUUACCAGCAUCGGAACCUGAACCGGCCGAAGCACGGUAUCGCCGAGUGGGCGGAAAAGAUGCGGCUGAAGAAGCUUGGCAUUCCGACGAACGAUCCGCUCGAUGAUAAGGAUAUGCUGCUUGAGGACGACAUUAAGGCGGAGCCGAUGGACGAGCUGCACCACAUGCGGCAUUUGGCUGAUGAACAUGACAUGAUGGACGUAGAGUACCCGGGUGUCUAG